CUAAUUUGAGGCGGUCGCCAGACAUCUGCUAAAUAAGAUUUUGUUUUGGCGAGCGACAUCGACAUUAUUUUGUUUCGCCUCAACUGAAAAUCUAAGAUUUCACUCAACCAUGGAUGCAAACUUCCAGAGAGGGAGGUUGAUGCAGGAUCUGCAUCCUGGAGCGGGAGUUUGGUGGGCCAACAUGCCCCUCCCACCGGGCUGGGAGGCAAAAUACGACCACAAUGCCAAGAAAUAUUUCUUCAUUCAUCACGCCACCCGAUCCACGCAGUGGGUUGACCCCCGAAAGGCUUUUUACGAACAGCAACGCGGAGGUGGUAUUGCCCCAGGACCCAGCCCCAGAAUGCCCUACGGCUCCCCAAGAAUGCCCCACAGCUCCCCCAGAAUGCCAAUGCACGCAGGUCCGGCCAUCCCUAUGCAGCCGAUAUCCAAACCGAAAUGCAAGACCUGCAAAACUAAUGAGGUGCCGUCGGCCAAUCAGGAUUGUCAGGCGUGUCAGCUGAAAGCCCGUCAGAGGGAGGCGGAGCUUGUGCGAGCCAGGGAGGAGGCGGAAGCUGAGAGAAAGCGGCAGGAGAACCAGCAGCGCAUCCAGAAGGAGCAAGAGCGACGCAGGGUGCAGUCUGCCGCCCGCAGCAGGACUCCAGUGACCAGCCACACUUUUGAGACGUCAUUUAAUACCGAACCUGAAGCAGAACAAUUAACAGCGGGGCAAAAACGAGCAAUUAUUGAGAGUUUGGACGAUGCCUUCCCUGGCGUUGAGAGGAAUGUCGUGGAGAUGGUCUUGGAGACGAGUUCUUGGGACAGCGGGAAGGCUACCUCUGUCCUGAUGUCCAUGGGGCCAAAAGACGACAAAAAGAAGACAGCAAUGGCCUCCGCGGCCAGGGCUGCCACAAAGCCUAAAGCACCAUCGCCACCGAAAGCCUCUUCCCCGAAACACCCCUCCGCUGCAAUGAAACAGAAGAUGCUUGACAAUCUGAAGAAGAUGUUUCCAUCGGCCAGUGAGACCCUGAUAGAGCUGGCCCUGGAAACGACUCAGUACAAUCAGGCUAGAGCCACUCAGGUACUCCGCAUGACCGUGGCGGACGAGCGCGGAUCGCAGGCUAAGAAGAGCGACACCAAAGCCAAGACGACAGCACGGGCCACGACUCCCUCCAACGUGACCUUUUCCAUCAGCUCUGCUGGAAGUUCGGGGGCUUCGGCUACGACCAGGGUAACGGACGCACAGCCCAAAGCAAGCGUUUCCUCAGCUAGUGACUCGGGAGCGUUGAGUACUGGCACAGUACCGGCCACACAGCCCAAAACAAGUGCUCCUGUAUCUUUUGGGGUGACAUCCUCUGUCUCUAAACCGUCUCCACCUUCCUCCUUUGCUUCUGCUUCUCCUGGGACUGUGUCUGCACCGUCAACCAGCCUCCCAAGCACCCCGGCAGCCUCACGCCAGGCCAAGGCGGCCGCCAGAGCCAAAGGCGCAGCACGCAGAACCAGAUCAGCCGAGCGGGCACCCAGGGAGGAGUUCCUGUCGCACUUCUCGUCCGCCACCCAAGGACCGGACGGCACGCUGGUCCACGGCCCCAACAAGAACAACCUACUGGAGACGUACGUCAGCUUCAAAGGCAGCGAUCGCAGCAUCGUUCACGGCCCCAGGAAGGAGAACGUGGCCGGUCCGGCCAGACGCGAGGGGCACAACCCCAGCUUGGCUGUCGGGUCGCAGAACAGCCACUACACCGGUGCCCAGGCCAGCCUGGCUAAGGGGUCCAUGCGCGCUGCCGAUCGGCAGAUGUAGCUACGCCUCCUGAUUGACUAAAGCAAACUGCUCAUUUGUCAUAAAAAUUAAAGA